AUGUGGUGCCUUUGGUUCCGCCGCGAAGUCAUCCACGAGACGACACGGCUGCGCCUGUGUGCUGCCGACAUUGCGGACUACAAGUCCAUGCUCUGGUGCUUCAGCUCUCCGUCGCUGACCCUUGGCCCGGCCGCCCCAUCUCGUCGCCGCCUCGCGACCAACGCUUACCUCAAGGCCGUUUCCGACGAGCUGUAG